AUGGAAACAACUGGCGGCGCAUGGAACUGGUCCGAGCUACUGAAGGAUGUCUUUCUCACCACCAUGUCGGCCAUGGAGGUCCUCGACGUCGUCCGGGCGAGCGUGGUCUGCUCCACAUGGAGCUCCACCUACGCCACAUUUCGCCGACUCCGCCUUCCAUCGCCGAAGCAAUCUCCCUGCCUGUUGUAUCCCCACGAUGCCACCUGCGGGCCAGAUGGCAUGGCGCUCUACUCCCCAUCAGCUGACGCGACAUCCCACAUGCGGCUUCCACAUGAUGCCGCCGUCCUUGCCGGCUCGGCGUACGGAUGGCUCUUCGUCACCGACCAGGCGGCCAAUCCCUACUUGCUCAACCCUCUCAGCGGCGUGCGGGCCGUGCUCCCGCCCGUCACCAAUUUCCAAUGCGUGGUGGGAAACUCCUUGGACGAUGAUGGGAGCAUUGUCUACCGCACCGAAGACCCCAGCCUAGCAUCUUACGGAGACGACGUGCGGUUCUUCUCCGUUGUCGCACGAGUCGCACGCUCCUGGAUGUAUCGCCACGUGGCCCUCUCCGCCGGUGGCGCCACAUCAUCGUGUGUCGUCCUAGUCGUGCACGAGCAGCCGAUGGACCUCCACUUCGCCAGGCCAGGAGACGAGCGCUGGUCCUCGCUAUCCUCCGUCAGCACCGGCUUUGUCAGCGCCGUCUACAACGACAAGGACGGUCUGUUCUACGCACUCCAGUGCUGCGGCACCGUCCAUGCUCUAGACCUCCACAGCCAGACGACGUCCCCGGCGGCAAGGAUUCUCAUCCGCACACGGGGGCUCGUUGCUCAUCGCCGCUCCCUCGCCGUCACGCCGUGCGGCGACGUCUUGCUGCUGGCGAGGACGUACUGCCUGUUAGAGAAACUUCAAUGGGCCGACUCAAACGAACGGCGCGUUUGUCCGCUUUUUGUCCGUUUGGGUCGGCCGUUUGUCCGACGUCCCCCAAUUUUGCAUUUGGGUCGGUUCACAUGA